AUGCAAGCCACAAAACACCAGAACAUUUCAAGUUUACAAAGUUUAUUUCUUCAUGUUGCUGUAAGCGGCAUCAAUAAACAUCCACUAUGCAGGCGGAAUGAUAGUCUAGUACUAUCAGAAAUGGGGAGUUUUUGGAAAUGUGUGUUCUGUUUGGUUAAUGUAUUUAUUCUUCAAGUUAGAUGUGUGAAUCAAGAUGAUGCAUCAAAUGAUUGGAAUCCCUAUGCUGAUUAUAUAAGUUAUUGCAACUUCAAUGACAAUGCUAGGCCAUUUUGUGACUGGAAGCAAAGCUAUGGUGAACUUGAUGAGGCAGACUGGAUCAGAGCAAGAGGGAAAACGCCAACACUAAUUACAGGUCCAAAUGGGGACUAUCCUGAUGGAUUUGGUUAUUAUGUCUAUCAAGAGGCAACUAAUCUCAUCCCAGGGGACAAUCAAAGGCUUGACAGCACAAUCCUGUCCAUCCAUAGUGAUGUAUGUAUAGAUUUUUGGUAUCACAUGAGUGGAACAGAAACUGAACAUCAGUUAAAAGUUCUAGUUAAAGAUGACACAGGCACACAUGUGGUUUGGCAAAGGACAGGACUACAAGGUCCAGAUUGGCUUUAUGGCUCAGUGACAUUUCUAUCACCAAGACAGAACUCUAUUCAGGUAAUUUUUGAAGCUAUUCGAGGGCUAACAGAAUAUGGAGAUAUAGCAAUUGAUAACAUCGGAGUGAAGAAUGGACCUUGUGAUAUAACAACUGAGGCUCCUCCUUCAACAAUAAAUCCAAGCUCUCUACCCUCUACAAUCCCAACAUCUCCUCCUGAUAUAUCAGGAGGAUCUUGCAGUGGAUACGGUGACCCACAUUACGUUACAUUUGAUAACUAUCCCCAUACAUUCAUGGGGAAUUGUACUUACACACUUACAAAGCUCUGUGAGGUCAACAGCAGCUUACCAUAUUUCAAUGUGGAAGUCGGACAUGAAUACCGAGGUGGAAACACACGUGUGUCAUAUGUGAAAGAAGUCACAGUAUAUGUUCACAGUUACAAAAUAAGUCUGCAAAAACAAAAGCUUGUAAAGGUGGAUGAACUGGUGCAGCAGCUUCCAGUGAGCUUAUCUCCAGAUGUUUAUAUUGGACUGAGUGGUCAAUAUGUCCAAGUAACAGCUGCCUUUGGACUAAGAGUCAAAUAUGAUGGAGAUCACAGAGUUGAAGUGACUCUUUCCAAAAUCUUUGAAAACAAAGUAUGUGGAGUAUGUGGCAAUUAUAAUGGAAAUAAGAGUGAUGAUAACCUCAAUCCUGAUGGAGGGCAAGAGACCGAUUCAUCAAGCUAUGGCAACAGCUGGCAAGUCACCAAUGAUACAAGCUGUGCACCAGCCAUUAAAGUUGAUCCUAUCUGCACAGAAGAAGAAAUAGAUAUAAUUCAAAGUGAAGACUCUUGUGCCAAGAUGCUCUCUUUUGAUGGUGUUUUCCAGCACUGCCACACCACUGUGGAUCGCCAAAAGUACUUUCUUAACUGUUUCAAUGACAUGUGUGAGCUUCAUCUAGACCCUAAUAUCCUGUGCAAUCAUCUUCAGGCCUACGCAGACGCCUGUCACGAGGCAGGAGCCAUAGUACUGCCGUGGAGAAAUGCAACCUUUUGUCCUUUGGAUUGCCCUCCAAACAGUCACUAUGAGCAAUGUGGAACAGCUUGCCCAGCUACUUGUGCCAAUCCAGGAUCACCAUCCACCUGCAAUCUUCCUUGCACAGAAGGGUGUGUUUGUGACCCGGGAUAUGUCCUUUAUGAUAACAAGUGUGUGCCAAGUAGUCAGUGUGGAUGUUGGCAAGAUGAUAAACAUUACCCUGUAGGCUCGGAGUUCUGGACUGAUGAUACCUGCUCCACUAAAUGCAGUUGUCCCUCUGCUGGUGGUAGUUUAGUCUGCAAUUCUGCUUCUUGUCCACCUGGAAAAUACUGUGGCAUAAAAGAUGGAGUUCCUGGCUGCUAUGAUCUCACAUUUGGUAACUGUGUUAUAUAUGGAGAUCCUCAUUACAACACUUUUGAUAAGGAAACUCAUCAUUUUAUGGGAAUUUGUACCUAUACUCUCUCAAAGCUUUGCACCAAUGUCACGUCUUUGCCAUAUUUCAACAUUGAAGGAAAGAAUGAGCAUCGACAUGGGAAUCCAACAGUGUCAUGGAUACAGAACGUGUUAGUUGAAGUUUAUGAUCAUAAAAUAACCAUAGUUAAAGAUGAGCCAAGUCGUGUUUUGGUGGAUGGUAUCUGGACAAAUCUUCCGGUCAUCUUAGCAAAUGGAUCUCUGACAGUGAAACAAAGUGGUCGAUAUGUUAUUCUGGAGACUGAUUUCCUUCUCACCGUGUCUUAUGACACUGACCAUACAGUGGAUGUUAAAGUCCCGACUACAUAUUUCAAUCAAACCUGUGGAAUGUGUGGCAACUUAAAUGGCAUCCAACAUGAUGAUUAUUUGAUGCCCAAUGGAGAGUUAGCCCAGAACUCCAAUCAACUGGGAGACAGCUGGCAGGUGGAUGAUCCGUUAUGUGACACAAUUCCUCCUCCACCUCCAACACCAUGUCCUCCAGAGACAGAGGAACUCUAUUCAGGCGAUGGGUUCUGCGGUUUGUUAAACAGUAAAGAAGGUCCCUUUAAGGCUUGUCAUUCAGUGAUCAACCCAGACCGCUUCCUGGACAGCUGUAUAUAUGAUCUGUGUGCUCUUGGUGUUGGCACUUUAUGUAAAGCAUUGGAAGCUUAUGCAGAUGCCUGUCAAAGAGCAGGAGUCACCAUUACCUGGAGAAACUCUACUUUCUGCCCCAUUCCAUGUCCUGCCAAUAGUCACUACAAUGCAUGUGCUAGUGCUUGCCCAGCGACAUGCACAGACCAGAAUGCUCCAAACAACUGCAACAGGCCUUGUACUGAUGCUUGUGAAUGUGAUAAUGGCUUUGUGCUCAGUGGUCACACUUGUGUUGCUGUCAGUGAAUGUGGAUGCUUUUAUGAUGGCAUGUAUUAUCAGAAAAAUGAAAUAUUCUUGAAGGGUGACUGUGAAAGUCAGUGUACAUGUGAAGGAAACAAUCAUGUGAGCUGUACUACUCAGACGUGCGCCCCUGAUGAGGUGUGCAAAGUACAAAAUGGAAUUAAGGCUUGUUUCCCCGCUGAUACCUCCAUCUGCCAUAUCUAUGGUGAUCCACACUACAUAACUUUUGAUGGCAAGUUAUACCAUUUCCAAGGAUCCUGUAAUUAUACAGUCGUGGAGACCUGUGCAAACACAAGUGUGUACUUCUCAAUCACUACAAGAAAUGAGCAUAGAGGAAGCUUAACCUGGACAGCUAUAAACUCAGUUGCAGUCAGCUUCAAUGACCUUAACAUCAUUCUGGGGAAAAACAAAGUGGUGGAGAUUAAUGGACUUGUUGUCCCAUUGCCUACUACCCCAGCACCUGGCAUCUCAAUAGGUUUAAGUGGUGCAUUUGUUGUUCUACAAACUGACUUUGGUCUUGAAGUUAAAUUUAAUGGUGACCAUGAACUGUUUGUUAAAGUUAAUGAGAACUUUAAAGGAAAACUGUGUGGCCUCUGUGGCACGUAUAAUGGUAACCAACAAGAUGAUUUCCUUACACCUGAAGGUGUGCUUGCACCCACAUCCAAUGACUUUGGAAACAGCUGGCGUGUUCCUGAUGCAGGAUGGAUAUGUGAAGAUGACAUUGUUGAUCCUCCACCAUGUAAUCCCAAUGAUGAGAUUAAUUAUGAAGAUGAAUGUGCACUGAUAUUAGCAGGCAAUGGACCUUUCAAGGACUGUCACCCCCACAUUCUUCCUCAGAUAUAUUUUGAGAACUGUGUGUAUGACUUGUGUGCAACUGGAGGAAACCAAGAUCAGUUCUGCAAUGCUUUAGAGGCCUAUGCUGCUGCUUGUGAAAAUGUCGGUAUCGUUGUUGGUGACUGGAGAGAGAGCACCGUGUGCCGAAUUUCUUCAACAACCACAGCAAGACCAGUGCCAGGCAUUUCCUCAUCAACCACUUCUACAACAACCACAGCAAAACCAGGCACUCCAGCGCCAGGAUCCUGUGAGAUUAGUGGAGAUCCUCACUACUACACUUUUGACAAUCAGGUGCACCAUUUUAUGGGCACUUGCACAUACACAUUAUCUAAGCUCUGUGAAGUUGAUGGACACUUGGCAGAAUUCAAUGUCGAAGCAGCCAAUGAGUACAGGGGAGGUAACACCAAGGUGUCCUAUGUCAAUUAUGUCAACGUCGAUGUACAUGGUUACAGAAUCACACUAGAGAAGAACAGAAAUGUGAAGGUGGAUGGAAAAGAUGUAAUCCUACCAACUACCCUACAUCCUGGUGUUAACAUCUUCCUUAGUGGGCACGAUGUUGUGGUGACAACAGCAUUUGGAGUAAGUGUGAGGUUUGAUGGAAACCAUAGAGUGGUGGUGAAUAUUCCAGGAGAAUAUGCCAACAAAGUAUGUGGAAUCUGUGGAAAUUUCAAUGGAAACAAGACUGAUGACUUCCUAAACCCAGAUGGGGAAUUCGAGUCAAACUCUACCGGUCUUGGUAACAGUUGGCAGGUGGACAAUGACACAAGAUGCACUCCAGGAGAGGUUUAUCCACCAGCCUGUACAGAUGAUGAGAAGGACAUCAUCAACAGCAACAGCUUUUGUGGAAUAAUUACCAAUAAGGAUGGACCAUUUAAAGAUUGCCAUGGUGUCAUAGAUCCAUUUGUCUACUUCAAUAACUGUGUCUAUGACUUAUGUGAACUGAAUUUGGAUCCUGGUGCUUUGUGUGACAGUCUUCAGUCCUAUGUACAAUCUUGUCAGGCUCAUGGCGUAGCAAUAGGUCCCUGGAGAAAUGACUCUUUCUGCCCUCUGAAGUGCCCAUCAAACAGUCAUUAUGAGGUCUGUGGAACGGCCUGUCCAGCUACUUGUGUCAAACCAGGAUCAGCAUCAAACUGUCUUCUUCCCUGCACAGAAGGUUGUGUAUGUGACCCAGGAUAUGUUCUCUAUGAUAAGAUGUGUGUACCAAGUAGUCAAUGUGGAUGCUGGAAAGAUGAUAAACAUUACCCUGUAGGCUCAGAGUUCUGGACUGAUGAUACCUGCUCCACUAAAUGCAGUUGUCCCUCUGCUGGUGGUAGUUUAGUGUGCAAUUCUGCUUCAUGCCCACCUGGAAAAUACUGUGGCAUAAAGGAUGGAGUUCCAGGCUGCUAUGAUCUCACAUUUGGCAACUGUGUAAUCUAUGGGGAUCCUCAUUAUGACACCUUUGAUAAGGAAACACACCACUUCAUGGGAAUAUGCACUUAUACACUCUCCAAGGUUUGCAGCAAUUAUACCAAUUUGCCAUAUUUUAACAUUGAAGCAAAGAAUGAGCACCGUGGGAAUCCAAGUGUGUCUUGGGUGCAGAAAGUUAUGGUGGAAGUGUAUGAUCAUAAAAUAACUAUUGUUAAAAAUGAGCGCAGUCGAAUUUUGGUGGAUGGCAUCUGGACAAAUCUUCCAGUCAUCUUGGUCAAUGGAUCUCUGACUGUUAAACAAAGUGGUCGAUAUGUCAUUCUAGAAACCGAUUUCUACCUCACAGUGUCUUAUGACACUGACCAUACAGUGAAUGUUAAUGUUCCAACUUCUUAUUUCAAUCAAACCUGUGGAAUGUGUGGCAACUUAAACAACAUUAGGCAGGACGACUAUUUGAUGCCCAAUGGACAGCUAGCUCAGAACUCAAAUCAGUUGGGAGACAGCUGGCAGGUUGAAGAUGAUGAUCCAUUAUGUAACACAAUUACUCCUACACCUCCACCACCAUGUCCUCCAGAGACAGAGGAACGCUAUUCAGGCGAUAGGUUCUGUGGUUUGUUAACCAGUAAAGUUGGUCCUUUCGAGGCUUGCCACUCAGUAAUCAACCCAGCCCGCUUCUUUGACAGCUGUGUAUUUGACCUGUGUGCACUUGGGGAUGUCAUUUUAUGUAAAGCAUUGGAAGCUUAUGCUGAUGCCUGUCAAAGAGCAGGAGUCACCAUUACCUGGAGAAACUCUACCUUUUGCCCUAUCCCAUGUCCUGGAAACAAUCACUACAAUUCAUGUUCCAGUGCUUGCCCAGCCACAUGCCAGGACCAGAAUGCUCCAAAUAGCUGCAAUAAGCCUUGCACUGAUGCUUGUGAAUGUGAUGAUGGCUUUGUGCUCAGUGGAAACACUUGUGUUCCUGUUAGUGAAUGUGGAUGCUUUUAUGAUGGCAAAUACUAUCAGAAAGAUGAGACGUUCUGGCAAGGGGAAUGUGAAAGUCAUUGCACAUGUGUGGGAAACAACCAAGUGAACUGUCAGCAGCAGGCCUGUCCACCUAAUGAAGUUUGCCAAGUCCAGAAUGGAAUUAAGACCUGUGCACCGAAAGUGACAAGCACCACGACAACUACUACAACAACCACCACCACUACUGUGCCGGGCAUUUCCUCAUCAACCACUUCUACAACAACCACAGCAAAACCAGGCACUCCAGCGCCAGGAUCCUGUGAGAUUAGUGGAGAUCCUCACUACUACACUUUUGACAAUCAGGUGCACCAUUUUAUGGGCACUUGCACAUACACAUUAUCUAAGCUCUGUGAAAUUGAUGGACACUUGGCAGAAUUCAAUGUCGAAGCAGCCAAUGAGUACAGGGGAGGUAACACCAAGGUGUCCUAUGUCAAUUAUGUCAACGUCGAUGUACAUGGUUACAGAAUCACACUAGAGAAGAACAGAAAUGUGAAGGUGGAUGGAAAAGAUGUAAUCUUACCCACUACCCGACAUCCUGGUGUUAACAUCUUCCUUAGUGGGCACGAUGUUGUGGUGACAACAGCAUUUGGAGUAAGUGUGAGGUUUGAUGGAAACCAUAGAGUGGUGGUGAAUAUUCCAGGAGAAUAUGCCAACAAAGUAUGUGGAAUCUGUGGAAACUUCAAUGGAAACAAGACUGAUGACUUCCUAAACCCAGAUGGGGAAUUAGAGUCAAACUCUACCAGUCUUGGUAACAGUUGGCAGGUGGACAAUGACACAAGAUGCACUCCAGGAGAGGUUUAUCCACCAGCCUGUACAGAUGAUGAGAAGGACAUCAUUAACAGCAACAGCUUUUGUGGAAUAAUUACCAAUAAGGAUGGACCAUUUAAAGAUUGCCAUGGUGUCAUAGAUCCAUUUGUCUACUUCAAUAACUGUGUCUAUGACUUAUGUGAGCUGAAUUUGGAUCCUGGUGCUUUGUGUGACAGUCUUCAGUCCUAUGUACAAUCUUGUCAGGCUCAUGGCGUAGCAAUAGGUCCCUGGAGAAAUGACUCUUUCUGCCCUCUGAAGUGCCCAUCAAACAGUCAUUAUGAGGUCUGUGGAACGGCCUGUCCAGCUACUUGUGUCAAACCAGGAUCAGCAUCAAACUGUGUUCUUCCCUGCACAGAAGGUUGUGUAUGUGACCCAGGAUAUGUUCUCUAUGAUAAGAUGUGUGUACCAAGUAGUCAAUGUGGAUGCUGGAAAGAUGAUAAACAUUACCCUGUAGGUUCGGAGUUCUGGACUGAUGAUACCUGCUCCACUAAAUGCAGUUGUCCCUCUGCUGGUGGUAGUUUAGUGUGCAAUUCUGCUUCAUGCCCACCUGGAAAAUACUGUGGCAUAAAGGAUGGAGUUCCUGGCUGCUAUGAUCUCACAUUUGGCAACUGUGUAAUCUAUGGGGAUCCUCAUUAUGACACCUUUGAUAAGGAAACACACCACUUCAUGGGAAUAUGCACUUAUACACUGUCCAAGGUUUGCAGCAAUUAUACCAAUUUGCCAUAUUUUAACAUUGAAGCAAAGAAUGAGCACCGUGGGAAUCCAAGUGUGUCUUGGGUGCAGAAAGUUAUGGUGGAGGUGUAUGAUCAUAAAAUAACUAUUGUUAAAGAUGAACGCAGUCGAAUUUUGGUGGAUGGCAUCUGGACAAAUCUUCCAGUCAUCUUGGUCAAUGGAUCUCUGACUGUUAAACAAAGUGGUCGAUAUGUAAUUCUAGAAACCGACUUCUACCUUACAGUGUCUUAUGACACUGACCAUACAGUGAAUGUUAAUGUGCCGACUUCUUAUUUCAAUCAAACCUGUGGAAUGUGUGGCAACUUAAACAACAUUAGGCAGGACGACUAUUUGAUGCCCAAUGGACAGCUAGCUCAGAACUCAAAUCAGUUGGGAGACAGCUGGCAGGUUGAAGAUGAUGAUCCAUUAUGUAACACAAUUACUCCUCCACCUCCACCACAAUGUCUUCCAGAAACAGAGGAACUCUAUUCAGGCGAUAGGUUCUGUGGUUUGUUAACCACUAAAGUUGGUCCUUUCGAGGCUUGCCACUCAGUAAUCAACCCAGCCCGCUUCUUUGACAGCUGUGUAUUUGACCUGUGUGCACUUGGGGAUGGCAUUUUAUGUAAAGCAUUGGAAGCUUAUGCUGAUGCCUGUCAAAGAGCAGGAGUCACCAUUACCUGGAGAAACUCUACCUUUUGCCCUAUCCCAUGUCCUGGAAACAAUCACUACAAUUCAUGUUCCAGUGCUUGCCCAGCCACAUGCCAGGACCAGAAUGCUCCAAAUAACUGCAAUAAGCCUUGCACUGAUGCUUGUGAAUGUGAUGAUGGCUUUGUGCUCAGUGGAAACACUUGUGUUCCUGUUAGUGAAUGUGGAUGCUUUUAUGAUGGCAAAUACUAUCAGAAAAAUGAGACGUUCUGGCAAGGGGAAUGUGAAAGUCAUUGCACAUGUGUGGGAAACAACCAAGUGAACUGUCAGCAGCAGGCCUGUCCACCUAAUGAAGUUUGCCAAGUCCAGAAUGGAAUUAAGACCUGUGCACCGAAAGUGACAAGCACCACGACAACUACUACAACAACCACCACAACAACCACCACCACUACUGUGCCGGAUGUAUGCCAUAUAGAUUGUUCUUUUGAUGAGAACUUGUGUAACUGGAAGCAAUCAACGAGUGAUAACAUGGACUGGAUACGCUGGAAUGGCUCAACCCCUUCUGAUUCUACUGGACCAUCAUCUGACCACACAACAGAAUAUGGCUACUAUCUAUACAUUAAUGGACAGGAUUCGGAAGAGGGAGACUUUGCAAGAUUGGAGAGUCCUGCAAAUUGUUUCACUGGAACUCAUUGCUUAGAGUUUUGGUAUCACAUGUACGGAGCAGCAAAAUACAUGAUGCUGAGGGUGUCAGUACUAAGAGAUUAUGGUUUGGAAGAUGUCUUCACUAUAGAAGGAGAUCAUGGGGACAUGUGGUAUUUAGAGAAGAUUUUCCUGCCUGAAAGUGAUAUUAUCCAGAUUUUCAUUGAUGGUGUCAGAGGUGAAGAUUUCCGCAGUGAUGUUGCUAUAGAUGAUAUUUCUUUUUACCCAGGAUAUUGUACUGCAACGACUACCACCACCACCACUGUAACAGCAAAACCGACAGGUUCUACUGUGUCAUCAACUAAAACCACAACAUCUACCAGCACUACUCCUACUGUGACUGUCAUUUCGUCCUCUACUAAAACAUCAAUUUCCGCCUCUACUGUUUCUUCUUCAACCCCAACUUCUACUUCUUCUACAUCUACUCUAUCGUCUACUGGUUCUACUUCCAUUACAACAUCUACUACUUCCACUCCAAUUUCUUCUACUACUACUUCUACCAUCUCUACCUCAAGACCAGCAACAAUUUCUACAGUGGCUACCCCAGUUGCAUCAUCACCAUCAUUAUCACCAGGUUCUACAGUGUCAUCAACUAAAACCACAACAUCUACCAGCACUACUCCUACUGUGACUGUCAUUCCGUCCUCUACUAAAACUUCCAUUUCGGCUUCUACUGUUUCUUCUUCAACCCCAACUUCUACUUCUUCUACAUCUACUCUAUCGUCUACUGGUUCUACUUCCAUUACAACGUCUACUACUUCCACUCCAAUUUCUUCUACUACUACUUCUACCAUCUCUACCUCAAGACCAGCAACAAUUUCUACAGUGGCUACCCCAGUUGCAUCAUCACCAGAUGUAUGCCGUUUAGAUUGUUCUUUUGAUGUGAACUUGUGUAACUGGAAACAAUCAACGAGUGAUAACAUGGACUGGAUACACUGGAAUGGUUCAACCCCUUCUGAUUCUACUGGACCAUCAUCUGACCACACAACAGAAUAUGGCUACUAUCUAUACAUUAAUGGACAGGAUUCAGAAGAGGGAGACUUUGCAAGAUUGGAGAGUCCUGCAAAUUGUUUCACUGGAACUCAUUGCUUAGAGUUUUGGUAUCACAUGUACGGAGCAGCAAAAUACAUGAAGCUGAGGGUGUCAGUACUAAGAGAUUAUGGUUUGGAAGAUGUCUUCACUAUAGAAGGAGAUCAUGGGGACAUGUGGUAUUUAGAGAAGAUUUUCCUGCCUGAAAGUGAUAUUAUCCAGAUUUUCAUUGACGGUGUCAGAGGUGAAGAUUUCCGUAGUGAUGUUGCUAUAGAUGAUAUUUCUUUUUACCCAGGAUAUUGUACUGCAGCAACAACUACCACCACCACCACUGUAACAGCAAAACCGACAGGCUCGACUGUGUCAUCAACUAAAACCACAACCCGUACCAGCACUACUCCUACUGUGACUGUCGUUCCGUCCUCUACUAAAACAUCCAUUUCGGCUUCUACUGUUUCUUCUUCAACCCCAACUUCUACUUCUUCUACAUCUACUCUAUCGUCUACUGGUUCUACUUCCAUUACAAUGUCUACUACUUCCACUUCAAUUUCUUCUACUACUACUUCUACCAUCUCUACCUCAAGACCAGCAACAAUUUCUACAGUGGCUACCUCAGUUUCAUCAUCACCAUCAUUAUCAUCAGCUUCAAGUACCGCAAGUUCUUUAGGGACCACCACAUCAAAGCAGACAGCUGGUAUUACUUCAGAAGGUUCAACCAUCUCAGUGCCUACUGGUACCAUAUCAACUUCUUCAGUGACCACAACUCUUUCUUCAACAUCCACAACUGGCUCAACAGCAACAGGCACAACAUUGACUAGUAUUUCAAGCAUCACACCUUUGGGAACAAAAACUACUACUCCAGGGACCACCACUUCAAAGCAAACAGCUGGUAUUAUUUCAGGAAGUACAACCAUUUCAAAGCCUACCAGUACAUCAGGAUCAAUAUCAUCUUCAGGGACAGCAACAUUCCUUACUUCAACUUCCACUACUGGUUCAACAGUAGGCACCAUUUUCACUAGUACUUCAAGCACCACACCUUUAGGAACCAAAACGACUACUCCAGGGACCACCACUUCAAAGCAAACAGCUGGUAUUAUUUCAGGAAGUACAACCAUUUCAAAUCCUACCAGUACAUCGGGAUCAACGUCAUCUUCAGUGACUGCCACAGUCCUUACUUCAACUUCCACUACUGGUUCAACAGCAGGCACCAUUUUCACUAGUACUUCAAGCACCACACCUUUAGGAACAAAAACUACUACUCCAGGGACCACCACUUCAAAGCAAACAGCUAGUAUUAUUUCAGGAAGUACAACCAUUUCAAAUCCUACCAGUACAUCGGGAUCAACGUCAUCUUCAGUGACUGCCACAGUCCUUACUUCAACUUCCACUACUGGUUCAACAGCAGGCACCAUUUUCACUAGUACUUCAAGCACCACACCUUUAGGAACAAAAACUACUACUCCAGGGACCACCACUUCAAAGCAAACAGCUGGUAUUAUUUCAGGAAGUACAACCACUUCAACGCCUACCAGUACAUCAGGAUCAACAUUAUCUCCAGGGACUGCAACAGUCCUAACUUCAACUUCCACAACUGGUUCAACAGCAGGUACCAUUGUCACUAGUACUUCAAGCACCACACCUUUGGGAACAAAAACUACAACAUCAGGCACCACCACUUCUAAGCCAACAGCUGGUAUUACUUCAGAGAGAUCAACUAUCUCUGUGCCCACGUCUUCUUCAACAUCAACAACUGGUUCAACAAUAGGAACUGUGAUCAGUACAACUACCACAAAUAUCACGCCUGGGCUUUCAGGCAGUAGUACAAUUUCUCCUACAUCUACAACAACAUUAGGCCAUACUGAAACCACUCCUUUGCAAACAUCAACUUCUACCACACCUGUGUUAACCACUACAACUACUAUUACAACGUCUACAGGUUCAACUACAACAACAACAACUGCCACAACAACCACACCAUUUGUGCCACCAGAAUCAGGUAUGUGUGAAGUAAAUGGAGAUCCUCAUUACUACACCUUUGAUAAACAAGUUCACCACUUUAUGGGCACUUGCACAUACACAUUGUCUAAACUCUGUGAAGAUGAUGUCAAUCUGACUGUUUUCAAUGUGGAAGCUGCUAAUGAGCACAGAGGAGGCAACACCAGGGUGUCCUACGUCAAGUAUGUGAACAUAGAUGUUCAUGGGUACAGAAUCACACUGGAUCAAAACAGAGUGGUCAAGGUGGAUGGCAAAACAGUGACCUUGUCAUAUCAUCUUGAUCCUGAAAUUGAUAUAUUUAUAAGCGGAUCUAAUGUUGUGGUGACAACAGGCUUUGGGCUAAUAGUGAAAUGUGAUGGUAACCACAGAGUACAGGUGACAAUUCCAGGUAUCUACUCUGGCAAAAUUUGUGGACUUUGUGGAAACUUUAAUGGAGAUGCAGCCGACGACUUCUUAAAUCCUGAUGGUCAACUAGAAUCAAAUUCAACAAGUCUUGGUAACAGCUGGCAAGUGGACAAUGACACAAGAUGUACCCCUGGAGUAGACAUUCAGCCAAAUUGUACUGAUGAUGAGAAAAACAUUAUUGUCAGCAACAGCUUCUGUGGACUGAUAACUGACAAGAACGGACCAUUUAGAGAUUGCCACAAUGUUAUAGAUCCAACUAUUUACUUCAACAACUGUGUAUAUGACUUGUGUGAAACAACACUUAAUCCAGACAUUCUAUGUAAUAGUCUUGAAACUUAUGCGGAGAUCUGCCAAGCCAGUGGAGUCACCAUUGAACCUUGGAGAAAUAACACUUUCUGCGAAACAAAGUGUCCACCAAACAGUCAUUAUGAGCACUGUGGAACCGCAUGCCCAGCUACUUGUGUCAAUCCAGGAGCUCCAUCCACAUGCACUCUGCCCUGCACUGAGUCUUGUAUCUGUGACCCCGGAUACGUCCUUUAUGGAACAAAAUGCGUUCCAGAUGACAAGUGUGGAUGUUGGGAUGAUGAUGAUAAGUACUAUCCUGUUGGCAAUGAAUUCUGGACAGAUGACACUUGCUCUAUAAAGUGCAAAUGUCCUUCACUUGGAAGCGGAUUAAUAUGUAACAGUGAUUCAUGUCCCAGUAACCAGUAUUGUGGAAUAUCAAAUGGUGUUCCUGGGUGCCAUUACUUCACAUAUGGCAUUUGUAGAGUCCAUAAUGAUCCACAUUAUGAUACAUUCGACAGACUCAAUCAUGACUUCAUGGGUCUGUGCACUUACACUCUUGCCAAACUCUGCAACAGUUCAACUUCCUCUCCAUAUUACUUUAAUGUUGAAGCAAAGAAUGAACACCGUGGAGAUCCCAAAGUGUCUUUUGUAAAACACGUUCUUAUUGAGGUUUAUGGCCAGGAAGUCAAAAUCGUGAAAAAUGAGAAAGAUCGUGUUUUGGUCAAUUCUAUCUGGACCUCACUUCCUGUAAGUUUAGUUGGUGGAGCAGUGAGUGUGACUUGGACUGGAAAGUAUGUCAGUCUGCAGACAGAUUUCAGGCUGACUGUCUCUUAUGAUGUAGACACCUUUGUAGAAGUGAAACUUCCUAGUAACUUCUCCAAACUGACCUGUGGAAUGUGCGGUAACUUCAACAAUCGCAAAUCAGAUGAUUACAUGAUGCCAAAUGGAGAACAGGCCAAGAACUCUGAACAACUUGGACAGAGCUGGUUGGUUGAGGAUGAUGAUCCACUUUGUAAUCUGGCUGAUACACCUCCCCCACCUCCUCCAACUUGUCCACCAGGAAAAGAAGAGUUAUACAAGAGCGAUGCAUUCUGUGGUUUGCUGAUAAGUAAAGAUGGUCCUUUCCAUGUUUGUAAUUCUGUUAUCAGUCCAGGAGGAUUUGUUGACAGCUGUGUCUUUGACAUGUGCGCUUUGAAUGGAGAUCCAGAUACUCUGUGUAGCUUGUUAGCAGCAUAUGCAGAUGCUUGUCAGAAGGAAGGCAUAUCCAUCAGCUGGAGAAAUAAUACUUUCUGUGCACCUGCCUGCCCUGCAAACAGUCAGUUCAGUACCUGUGCAUCUGCCUGUCCGGCCACAUGUCUAGAGCCACAACAACCAGUAAACUGCAGCCUGCCAUGUUCAGAAGGAUGUGAAUGUAUACCAGGUUAUGUCAUCAGUGGAGGAACCUGUGUCCCUGAGUCACAUUGUGGCUGCCUCUACAAUGGAAUUUAUUACAUGGAGGGGGAAAAAUUCAUAACAGAGAACUGUGAGAGUGUAUGUACAUGCAAGGGAGAGAACAACAUAACGUGUGAUCCAAUGUCAUGUGCUGGAGAUGACGUCUGCAAGGUCCAAAAUGGGUUGUUGGGCUGCUACCCACCAAGCACAGCAAUCUGCCACAUUUAUGGAGAUCCUCAUUAUACAACAUUUGAUGGCACAGUUCAUCACUUCCAGGGAUCUUGCACUUACACUGCGACUGAGACAUGUGCUAAUACCUCUCACAGCUUUAGUGUCAUCACACGUAAUGAACACAGAGGUAACCCAAGCUGGACUGCCAUUAACUCAGUCAAUAUUACGGUUGAUGGAAUAGAGAUCUUCAUUGAAAAGAACAACAUUGUGCAUGUUAACAAUGCAAUUGUCACACUUCCUGACUAUGUGUCAGGUAUAAGUAUUACACAGAGUGGCCAUUAUGUUACAGUUAGUACCAACUUUGGACUUGAAGUUCAGUUUAAUGGUGAUCACGAACUGUUUGUGAAAGUCAAAGAAAACUACAAAGGAGCAUUAUGUGGUUUGUGUGGAACAUAUAAUGAUAACCACCAUGAUGACUUUAUGACUCCUGAUGGCAACAUUGUAACUAAUGUCAAUGAAUUUGGAAACAGCUGGAGAGUCCCUGAUAAUGGAUGGCCUUGUGACUCUACUCCACCACCUCCUCCUAUCUGUCCUCCCUCUGUACAACAAGAAGCAGAAAGAAAAUGUUGGAUCAUCAGACAGAAUGAUGGACCAUUCAGCCCUUGUCAUCCUUAUCUCCGCCCACACCAGUACUUUGAGAGUUGUGUCUUCGACCAGUGUGUCACAGGAGGAAAUGAUGAUCUACUUUGUGGUGUUCUGGAAUCCUAUGCUAAAGCUUGUGAAGCUUUGGGUAUUAUAUUGGUUGAUUGGAUAAACAACACUAUUUGUGAUCCAAACAGACCAUCAACAACACCACCUUUGACAUCUACUGCACCAGCUACUACUACUCCUCGUCCAGCAACUGCUUCCACCAGAAUUUCCACAGCACCUGUUGUUUCAGGUACAACAGUACCCCUUACACCAGAACACACAGCGACUUCAGCGCAAUCAACAACUUCUACAACCACUACUAUAGGUUCCACUGUAACAACAAUACCUACUACAUCCACCACACCUUUUGUGCCAACGCAACCAGGUUUUUGUGAAGUACAAGGAGACCCCCAUUAUUACACCUUUGACAACCAGGUGCACCAUUUUAUGGGCACUUGUACCUAUACUUUAUCUAAACUGUGUGAAAAUGAUAAAAAUCUGAUAUACUUUAAUGUGGAGGCAGCCAAUGAGCACAGAGGAACCAACACCAGGGUGUCUUAUGUGAAGUAUGUGAAUGUUGCAGUGUAUGGAUACAGAAUAACACUGGAUAAGAACAGAGUUGUAAAGGUGGAUGGGCAGUUGGUGACCCUUCCAGUUCACCUGACACCAGAUGUUGAAAUAUUUAUAAGUGGAACUAAUGUUGUGGUGACAACAGGUUUUGGACUUAUAGUGAAAUUUGAUGGAAAUCACAGAGUACAAGUGAAAAUUCCAGAGAAGUACUCUGGCAAAGUUUGUGGAAUUUGUGGAAACUUCAAUGGAAAUGCAGCCGACGACUUUUUAAAUCCAGAUGGUCAACUAGAAUCAGAUUCAACAAAUCUUGGUAACAGCUGGCAAGUUGACAAUGAUACAAGAUGUUCACCAGGAUCUGACAUUCAACCAAAUUGUACCAAUGAUGAAAAAUACAUUAUUGCAAGCAACAGCUUCUGUGGACUAAUUACUGACAACAAUGGUCCAUUUAAAGAAUGCCAUGCUGUUAUUGACCCACUAGUUUACUUUAAUAACUGUGCUUAUGACUUGUGUGAGAUGAGUCUGGACCCAGAAACUCUGUGUAAUAGUCUUCAGGCGUAUGCAGAAAUCUGCCAGUCCAACGGAGUUACCAUUUUAUCCUGGAGAAAUAAUUCUUUCUGUGAUUUGAAGUGUCCACCAAACAGCCAUUAUGAGCACUGUGGAACCGCAUGCCCAGCUACUUGUGUCAGUCCAGGAGCUCCAUCCACAUGCACUCUGCCCUGCACUGAGUCUUGUAUCUGUGACCCCGGAUACAUCCUUUAUGGAACGAAAUGCGUUCCAGAUGACAAGUGUGGAUGUUGGGAUGAUGAUGAUAAGUACUAUCCUGUUGGCAAUGAAUUCUGGACAGAUGACACUUGCUCUAUAAAGUGCAAAUGUCCUUCACCUGGAAGCGGAUUAAUAUGUAACAGUGAUUCAUGUCCCAGUAACCAGUAUUGUGGAAUAUCAAAUGGUGUUCCUGGCUGUCAAUACUUCACAUAUGGCAUUUGUAGAGUCCAUAAUGAUCCACAUUAUGAUACAUUCGACAGACUCAAUCAUGACUUCAUGGGUCUGUGCACUUACACUCUUGCCAAACUCUGCAACAGUUCAACUUCCUCUCCAUAUUACUUUAACGUUGAAGCAAAGAAUGAACACCGUGGAGAUCCCAAAGUGUCUUUUGUAAAACACGUUCUUAUUGAGGUUUAUGGCCAGAAAGUCAAAAUCGAGAAAAAUGAGAAAGAUCGUGUUUUGGUCAAUUCUAUCUGGACCUCACUUCCUGUAAGUUUAGUGGGUGGAGCAGUGAGUGUGACUUGGACUGGAAAGUAUGUCAGUCUGCAGACAGAUUUCAGGCUGACUGUCUCUUAUGAUGUAGACACCUUUGUAGAAGUCAAACUUCCUAGUAACUUCUCCAAACUGACCUGUGGAAUGUGCGGUAACUUCAACAAUCGCAAAUCAGAUGACUACAUGAUGCCAAAUGGAGAACAGGCCAAGAACUCUGAACAACUUGGACAGAGCUGGUUGGUUGAGGAUGAUGAUCCACUUUGUAAUCUGGUUGAUACACCUCCCCCACCUCCUCCAACGUGUCCACCAGGAAAAGAAGAGUUAUACAAGAGCAAUGCAUUUUGUGGUUUGCUGAUAAGUAAAGAUGGUCCUUUCCAUGUAUGCAAUUCUGUCAUCAGUCCAGGAGGAUUCUUUGACAGCUGUAUCUUUGACAUGUGCGCUUUGAAUGGAGAUCCGGAUACUCUGUGUAGCUUGUUAGCAGCAUAUGCAGAUGCUUGUCAGAAGGAAGGUAUAGCCAUCAGUUGGAGAAAUAAUACUUUCUGUGCACCUGACUGCCCUGCAAACAGUCAGUUCAGUACCUGUGCAUCUGCUUGUCCGGCCACAUGUCUAGAGCCACAACCACCAGUGAACUGCAGCCUGCCAUGUUCAGAAGGAUGUGAAUGUAAACCAAGUUAUGUCAUCAGUGGAGGAACUUGUGUGCAUGAGUCGAAUUGUGGCUGCUUCUACAAUGGCAUUUAUUACAUGGAAGGAGAACAAUUCAUAACAAAGAACUGUGAGAGUGUAUGUACAUGUGGAGGAGGGAACAACAUAACGUGUGAUCCAAUGUCUUGUACCGGAGAUGAAAUCUGCAAGGUCCAAAAUGGGUUGUUAGGCUGCUAUCCACCAAGCAUAGCAAUCUGCCACAUAUAUGGAGAUCCUCAUUAUACAACAUUUGAUGGCACAGUUCAUCACUUCCAGGGAUCUUGCACUUACACUGCAACUGAGACAUGUGCUAAUACCUCUCACAGCUUUAGUGUCAUCACACGUAACGAACACAGAGGUAACCCAAGCUGGACUGCCAUUAACUCAGUCAACAUUACUGUGGAUGGAAUAGAGAUCUUUAUUGAAAAGAACAACAUUGUGCAUGUUAAUGAUGAGAUAGUUACACCUCCUUUCUCUAAGUCUGACAUACAUAUUACACAGAGUGGCCAGUAUGUUAUAGUCAAAACUAAUUUUGGACUAGAAGUUCAGUUUAAUGGUGAUCAUGAGCUGUUUGUAAAAGUAAAUGAGAAUUACAAAGAAGCAUUAUGUGGUCUGUGUGGAACCUACAAUGACAACCGUCAUGAUGACUUCAUGACACCAGAAGGCAACAUUGUAACCAAUGUCAAUGAUUUUGGCAACAGUUGGAGGGUGCCAGAUGAUGGAUGGAUAUGUGCGUCUACUCCACCACCUCCACCAGUCUGCUCUCCCACUAUACAAGAAAUAGCAAAUCAGAAAUGUUGGAUUUUAAGAGACAGCAAUGGACCAUUCAAAACCUGUCAUCCUUACCUUCGACCACAUCAAUACUUUGAGAGUUGUGUCUUUGAUCAAUGUGUAACAGGCGGAAGUGAUGAUCUUCUCUGUGGUGUACUGGAGUCCUAUGCUAAAGCCUGUGAAGGUUUAGGUGUCAACUUGGUCGACUGGAUAAACAAUACUAUUUGUGAUCCAAACAGACCAUCCACAACUCCAUCUGCAACUUCUACUCCAUCAACAAAUCCACAACCAGAUUCAAGCUCUACAGCAUUACCCAUUAUUUCUACCACAACAACUUCAACUUCUACAACUAGAACUACAACACCUACAACAACUACUGUAGAUAGCACUGCUACUACUAUGACUACAACAAAAACAGCAGAAGUUACAAAUCCAAGCAGACCAUCCACAACUCCAUCUGCAACUUCUACUCCAUUGACAAAUCCACAACCAGAUUCAAGCUCAACAGCAUUACCCAUUAUUUCUGCCACAACAACUUCAACUUCUACAACUAGAACUACAACACCUACAACAACUACUGUAGAUAGCAAUGCUACUACUAUGACUACAACAAAAACAGCAGAAGUUACAAAUCCAAGCAGACCAUCCACAACUCCAUCUGCAACUUCUACUCCAUUGACAAAUCCACAACCAGAUUCAAGCUCUACAGCAUUACCCAUUAUUUCUGCCACAACAACUUCAACUUCUACAACUAGAACUACAACACCUACAACAACUACUGUAGAUAUCACUGCUACUACUAUGACUACAACAAAAACAGCAGAAGUUACAAAUCCAAGCAGACCAUCCACAACUCCAUAUGCAACUUCUACUCCAUCGACAAAUCCACAACCAGAUUCAAGCUCAACAGCAUUACCCAUUAUUUCUGCCACAACAACUUCAACUUCUACAACUAGAACUACAACACCUACAACAACUACUGUAGAUAGCAAUGCUACUACUAUGACUACAACAAAAACAGCAGAAGUUACAAACUCAAGCUCUACAGCAUUACCCAUUAUUUCUACCACAACACCUUCAACUUCUACAACUAGAACUACAACACCAACAACUACUAUAUAUAGCACUACUACUACUACUACUACUGCUACUACUACCAUGACUACAACAAAAACAGCAGAAGUUACAACUACCGGAAUCUGCAGUGCAUCAGGUGAUCCUCACUACAACACAUUUGAUGGCAGAGUACACCAUUAUAUGGGCAACUGCAGUUACACUCUCACUAAACUUUGUGAUCCAUUGACAAGUAGACUCCCCUAUUUCCAUGUCUACACUACAAAUGAACAUCGGGGCUCCAACACCAAAGUCUCAUAUGUUCAGUCUGUGCAUGUAGAAGUGUACAACACUAACUUCACACUAUUGAAGAAUAACAAACUAAAUGUAAAUGAGAAGAGAACAAAUGUGCCAACCCCCUAUGAUAGAAGACUCAGAGUCCAUCUUAGUGGAAAUUAUUUGAUUUUGGCAACAGAUUUUGGGCUACAAGUGAGAUUUGAUGGUAACCACUAUGUUGACAUUUCCCUGCCAUCAACCUUCAAAAAUCAUUUAUGUGGAUUGUGUGGGGACUACAAUGGCACAGCACAAGAUGAUCACAUGAAGCCAGAUGGCAGCAUUGCCAUUGAUUCCAGAGAAUUGGGAGACAGCUGGAUAGUUUCACAAGAUGGUGAAUUGUGUGGAAGUGAAGAACUGGAAAGUUGUAGUCCAAGUGACGAGCAGGAGUACAGCAAAACUACAGCUUGUGGCAUUAUAACUGAUCCAUUAGGUAUCUUCAAGGGCUGUCAUGGUCUAGUAAAUCCUGAUAACUUCUUUGAGAGUUGUGUGCUGGAUAUGUGCUUUACUCAGGGCGAGUCAACUUCUCUCUGCUAUGCUGUGCAGGCAUAUGCCCAACAGUGUUCAGAUGCCGGAGUGUGUGUAGAAUGGAGAUCAGACACUUUCUGUCCUAUUUCAUGUCCUGCAAGGAGUUAUUAUAAGAGUUGUGGUACCACGUGUCCAUCCACUUGCUUCAACAGUGAUCCAGUAGGACCAUGCAAGCCUGAGUCAGUAGAAGGCUGUUUCUGUAAUGACAGCUAUGUCCUCAGUGGAGACAAAUGUGUCACACAGAGUGAAUGUGGCUGCACUGAUGAACAUAACAACUCUUACCAGCUUGGUGAAAGUUGGUUCACUUAUGAAAACUGCACCCAGCGCUGUACAUGCAAUAGCGAUAACACCAUCACAUGCGAAGAAUGGCAAUGUGGAUCACAAGAUCAAUGCAGGGUGGAGGAUGGAGUGCUAGGCUGCCAUGCCUCUGGAAUUGCAGCUUGCCAUGUUUCUGGAGAUCCCCACUUCUACACAUUUGAUAAAGUCAUGCACACUUUUAUGGGAACAUGUACUUACAUGCUGGUGGAUGUCUGUGACAAGAGAAGCAUCACCUCUUUCACUAUCAAAGGCAAAACAGAGGACCGAGGACAACGAGCUGCAACAUAUCUCAAAGAAGUUUAUAUUGACAUUUAUGGCAUCCAUAUUACACUGCAGAGGGAUAGGAGAACUUUGGUGGGGGAUACACUCAUCUUAACACCGUGGUCUGGACAAUCGGCAGGGGUCUCUAUUGCCACUGUGGGCCUGUAUAUUGUGGUGACCACUGACUUUGGAAUGAUAGUAAAGUUUGAUGGUAAUCACCACUUGGAGAUUGUGCUACCUACUUCAUACUUUGGAAAGGUGUGUGGUAUGUGUGGAAAUUUCAACAACCAAAAAGAUGAUGAAUACCUCAUGCCGGACUUACUUCAGGCAGCUACUGUAACUGAAUUUGGAAACAGCUGGAAGACAGAAGACAGCGAUGCAAAGUGCUUGGAUGAUGAUAGACUGGAUCUUAGCCCACCAUGUACUGCAGCUCAGAGACCAUCUAUAGAUAGUCAGUGCAAUGCACUUCUGUCAGACACAUUCAAACCUUGUCAUCAACUAGUUGAUCCACAGCUCUUUGUUCAGUCUUGUGUGUAUGACAUGUGCAGAUAUAAUGGCAUGAUUUCUACAAUGUGUGCUAUAUUCCAAGCCUAUGUAGAUGCUUGCAGAACACAAGGAGCAAAGAUUACCUGGAGAAGUCCAUCAUUCUGCCCUCUCUCAUGUCCAAGACAUAGCAAGUACACAGGCUGUGCGUCUCUUUGUCCAUCUACCUGCAAUAACAUAUAUGCCCCUGAUGUGUGUGAUAAGCCAACUGCAUGUUUGGAGGGUUGUGUUUGUGAUGAUGGAUAUGUGCUUAGUGGUGACCAGUGUGUUUCACUUAAGUCAUGUGGAUGCAGAGAUUCCAAUGAUAACUAUUACAAUAUUGAUGAAACCUGGAUUACACCUCACUGCACUCAGAAAUGUCAAUGUAAGGCGGGCAAUGUAAUCCAAUGCAAAUCAUUCAGCUGUCCUUUUGGAAUCUGCAUUGUAAACAAAAAUGGCAAAUACAACUGUAAACCAACAGGUUAUUCUAGGUGUACCAUUGGGGGUGACCCACAUUAUCGCACCUUUGAUGGCCUGAACCAUCACUUCCAGGGCAAGAGUAGUUAUGUGGUGACACGGACCUCUUCUUCUAUAUUUGACUAUAUGGAGCCAUUUACCAUUGAAGGCAAAAACGAGCCCAUGUUCUUAUUCAGUAAAUUCAGUUUAUUAAAAGAGCUGCGAAUUGAAGUUUACAAUCAAGUCAUAUUAUUCAGACAAAACAGGAUAUUAGUGAUUAAUGGUGUGAAAACAGUACCUCCUGUCCGUCCACAUGAAGGAAUAUACAUCUAUCAGAGACCAACAAGAAUCUACCUGGAAACUGAUUUUGGUCUUUCUAUCAGCUUUGAUGGCAAAGAAAAUGCAGAAAUUAUUGUACCAAGCAGCUACCAAAGUCUGCUUCAGGGACUUUGUGGCAACUAUGAUGGACGAACGUCAAAUGACUUUACAAAUCCUGAUGGCAGACUGAUUGGUGAUGUGAAUACAUUUGGUGAAAGUUGGAAUAUUAAGUCACUUAAGCCAGCUAAAGUCAGACGUGCUGCUGUGAUGCCAUUAGAAGAACAAGAUACCAUAUUAAACACAGGAGACAAUUUUGCCUGUUCAGCAUCAGGCCUGGCUUCUGUGAACAGCUCUUCAUUCUGUGGAGUUAUGAGAGACCCUCUUGGACCAUUUAAAAACUGUAUUCCAUUUGUGCCACCAGAAGAUUUCAUUGUGGACUGUAUCUUUGACACAUGUGCUGAGUUCCAAAGCCAAGAGCUGUUAUGUAUAAAUCUUGAGCAGUACGCAUAUACCUGCCAGCAAAAUGGAACCAAUGUUGAUGGCUGGAGAGAAAAAACUGUCUGUGCUUUGACCUGCACUGAUAACAGCAUUUACAAGGACUGCACAAGUGCCUGUCCUGCAUCCUGCAGCAACAUGGCAUCCGAGUCUGAAUGUGAGGCACCAUGCUAUGAAGGAUGCCAGUGUGAACCUGGAUUCAUACUCAGUGGAUUUGACUGUGUGCCAUACAAAGAGUGUGGAUGUACUUACCUCAAUAACUACUACAUGACUGGUGAUCGCUUCAUUACAGAUGACUGUUCACAGAACUGCACUUGCGCAGAUACUUCCUCUGUAGUUUGUGAGGACAUGCAGUGUAAAGAAGGGGAGGAAUGUACUACAGCCAGUCAGAUUCGUGGAUGCUAUAUACCAAGCCCAUGUCUGGAAAACCCUUGUGAGAAUGGUGGUACCUGUGUGGAAUUGUCAGGAACAGACAAUACGACUGAUGGCAUGCGCUGUAUGUGCCCCAGCACCCACAAAGGAACCUACUGCGAGGAGGAGAAUGAAAUUAACAACACAGCUAUAUACAUUGUGAUUGGUGUCGUUCUUGGAGUCUUCGUCAUCAGCUUUGUCUUUAUUAUUGCUGCAUACUUCUACUUGAAAUCCAAAAGAAAGAAGGCUAGAUUUAUAGAGUCGGCUGAAAGUGGAAGAAACAGCUCAAACCAAGGAUCUAUACGUCUUUCAUUUUAUGAACCUGGAGACCAACUGAACAUGGCAAUUAAUGAAAAUUUCUAUCAAAAAAUUGACAAUGAACAGGAAUUCAGGACAAGUAAAGAUGGUGGAAUACAGGAGGAAAGUGAUAAGAUCAAAGGUCAAAUAAAUCUGGCAUACAAUGACAAUACAAAUGACAGUGGUGCACCUGUAAAAAGCACCAGCGAAAACAUCAACAUGAAGGCUGUCAAUGAAGCAUCAGGGGCUCAGGUUAAUCUUGCUUUUGAGGAUGAUGAAUACCUAAAUGAAGCUGAUGAAAUUACAGUAUUUUAAAUAUCCAAAUUAAGUCAAACUUUCUAUUUUUGAUUCUGUACCAUGCACUAUAUGCUAGCAAAUUGCACCCCAUCCUUUGAUCUAAUUGUCAGAUUUUCAAAACAUGCUACAUUAUAUAUUUUUUUACACUAUGUCAUGUAUAAAUUAUAAUAUAUUCCAUGCAUUAGAAAUUAUAUUGUUUGUAAAGAUGUAACACGUUGGCUGUCAUUUGAACAUGCUCAAUAAAAUGAUUAUUAUGCAUUUAAA